AUGACUCACACUCCUCUGUCCUGCUGCAAGACCUCCGGCGAGGGAAGCUGCGUCUGCGCUGCCCAGGCCAAGUGCUCCUGCGGCAAAGAGAGCGCCCUCCACUGCAGCUGCAACAAGGCCUCGACCGAAAACACCGUCUCCGGCGCUCGCUGCUCAUGCCGAGCCCGUCCCGCUGGCCAGUGUACCUGCGAGCGCGCCACGACCGAGAACCACGCCGUGACGGGCGAAGCUUGUCCCUGCGGCAAGAGACCUUCCUCUUCCUGCACGUGCGAGAAGGCGGCCGCUGUUGAUGCGGUGGCUGAGAGCUUCGAGACUGAUUUCACGACUCAGCAUGCUUGA